AGCAAGGGAGAAGAUUCGGAAUCUGACAAAACUUUAAACAUUCUUAACGCAGCCUUAAGAUGUCUAGAAAUUAUUCCACACAUAAAUAACUGUCGCUAGUCUUCUGCGAUCUACAAUCGCAUCGUCGGUGUGAGCUUUGAGGACCGUGCACAAGCGCCUGGUUAAAGUGUUUGGUAAAGAAUGGACCGGACGCCCAGCACAAGCCCCACCGGCGCCAGUCAGCCCACACAACCCGCCCAACACGAACCUAUAAGUUUCGGUAUUGACCAGAUCCUCGGCGGUACUGACCAAGACGGUCCACAGCACACUAAUAGGAGCGGUUCGGAUCCAGGAAACUCCACAAGUGGAGGGAGUUAUCAUCUGGGUAGUCCAACCGGAGCCAGCGCGACUCCUUUCACCUCGCUGUCCGGUCCGUUCCAUGGCAUCGCAUCAUCAUACGAGGAAUCGAAUGCGUACGGAUUGAACUUGACCCUCACACCCGGAGGAGUGAUACGCGUCCCGGCACACAGGCCGCUAGCUGCCGCCAUUCCUCCUCCCAUCACCAGCGCGGUACCCGGCCUCAGCAGCUUAAGUUUCCCAUGGAUGGAGAGCAGCCAGAGAUUUGCCAAGGAAAGAUUUGCAGCAGCCCUUACACCGUUCACCGUGGCAAGGCGUAUAGGUCACCCCUACCAGAACCGCACGCCCCCGAAGAGGAAGAAGCCACGGACCUCCUUCUCCAGGGUCCAGAUCUGUGAGCUGGAGAAACGCUUCCAUCGGCAGAAAUACCUGGCCAGCGCGGAACGAGCCGCACUCGCCAAAACCCUCAAGAUGACAGAUGCCCAGGUGAAGACGUGGUUCCAGAACCGCCGAACGAAAUGGAGGCGACAGACAGCCGAGGAGAGGGAGGCGGAGCGUCAGCAGGCCAAUCGGCUGAUGAUCCAGCUUCAGCACGACGCCUUCCAGAAAUCUCUGAGCGACUCGGUUCCAUCCGACCCGCUCUGCAUCCACAACUCCUCCCUGUAUGCUCUCCAGAACCUGCAGCCGUGGGCCUCCGAGGAGGGGGGCAAGCUGGGGGGGGUCGCGGCCCUCGUGUGA